UGGCAUGCACAUGUGCAAACCUAAAGUCACGUCCUUCGUCUGUACAGUUCCCCGCCCUGUUUUGUAGUUCAUUUCUUCCACUCUGCCUACUCAACGCUGAAAUGUAAGCUGCGACUGCUGCCGGGAAGUCGCAAAUAGGACAAAAUCAACAGGCAGUGCACAACAAGAGAAGCUCUCGCACUCCCUGGUAACUACUUUACUAGCUAAUCAUUUUGUCACCCACUUCGGAGGACAAUGUGAGACUGUAAUGGCUGGAUUUUAAAUGAGGGAUUUUUUUUUCCCCCUCUGAAGAACAUUUUCUGACUUGCAGGAACUGAAGCUGAAGCGUCUGUGGAAUGUGUCUACACUUUGGAUGGUAUACAGCUCUUCAUCAAACAACACAUCCUUGAACAAAAACAGCAGGUGACCUUCUCAUCCAGACAGCAGCUGAACACCCAAGACACAAUGAACGCCACGACACCAACGACAACCACAAAUGAAACAUGUGUUACAAUCGGCAACAGUCCCAUCAGCGACUUCCUGAUGGCUGUUUACAUCCUUGCUUUUGUCCUGGGCUUGACUUUUAAUGUGCUGACUUUGUAUCCAAUAUGGCUGCAAGUGAAGCAGCAGAACGUUUUAGGCAUCUUCCUGCUAAGCCUGUCUGUAUCUGACUUGCUUUUCAUCUUCACCAUGCCCCUUUGGAUAAAUUAUUAUCGCAUGGACCACAAGUGGGGACUAGGUGUGACCUCCUGCAGUGUAGCAGGAUUUUUUUACUACACCAACAUGUAUAUCAGCAUCUUUCUGCUGUGUUGUAUCUCUGUGGACCGCUGCCUGGUGGUCUCUUAUCCUCUCCACUUUAGGCGCUAUCGGACAUCCAGCUACGCAUGGAUCCUGUGUUCCACAGUGUAUGUUGUAGUUAUAACUUUUCACAUAGUCAUUCUGUGGAAUGACAACUUAACAGAUACCCAUGAUGACAAUAACGACAAUGACCGUUGUUAUGAGACUUACCCGAUGGAGAACUCUAUGGCCGUUUUUAAUAUGGUCAGAGUGGGAAUCGGCUUCAUGCUCCCACUGCUUGUGUUGGCAGUGAGCUACUGGAGGGUGCUGGCCACUGUGGGAAAAAGUCAUGGCCUGAACGCCCAGGUUAAGAGAAAAGUUCGUAUGCUAUCCUUUGGGGUAAUCGGUAUCUUCUCAUUUUGUUUUGCGCCUUAUCACAUCAUCCUCUUUAUACGCUCACUUGUCUACUUCAACAACAGUGACCACACAGCGAGUGGAGAUUACUGCAAAUUUGAAAGAAAAGUGCACUUCCCUUUUUCAUGCAUGCUGGCACUUUCCAGUCUGAACUGCUUGGUGGAUCCAGUGCUGUAUGUUCUUGUCAGUAAUGGAGUAAAAAAUCAACUCCUUCUGUGCAGGAGAAAGCCUGUACAGAUGGGGACAGAGGAAUGCAAACUGACUUCAUAUAAAACAGAAAAGCAGAAAGUUAAUGCUUUAAUAUGAAAUAUAAACAGACUGUGAAGUUUUUAUGUAUUUAUUUGUGUGUAUAUACAAUAUGUUUUAAGCCAAUAUGGCCUUAAAACUGUUCACACCCCUGUCACAAUGGCAGAUUUAUGUGAUGUAAAUAAACGAGAUCAUAACAAAUCUUUUGAAAA